GAUAAUAAUUAUCUUAAACCGUGGGUGACAAGUCUUGAUUAAUGAUUAUAUAAUCAGGUAUCUGUAGUAUGUGGUCUUGCUAGAGAGUUGAUAGACGUCAAAUUUAAUUGUAAAUAAGGUAGCGAGUUAACAUUUGAAAAUUUUGUAGAAAGAAAUUGCAUUAAAUUUUAGUUGAAGUAAUUAAUGCGCAAAAAUGGAUAAUAUGGAGGAGGAAAUAAUUUAUGCCGAUGAAGAAGAAGUUACGUAUUUUCAAUCUAUUACAGACUACCUAUGGAAUAUUUUAGGAUUUGUUCAAAAUAAUGGAUGGUACUUCCUGGCUUUUAUAAUAUUAUUGGCAUAUUUAGUCCCAAAAUUAUGGCCUCAUUAUUUAAAAUGGUUAGAACAACGAGCAGUAGCUGCAUAUGAUGCGGACAUUAAAAAAAAUCCAGAUUUAUUUAAACAAAAACAAGAAGAAUUACAAAAAGCUCGAGCAAAAUUCCAAGAAGAAUAUGAGAAAAAGGCUAAAAUAGCACUUGAAAAACAAAAAGAAAAAGAAAAGAAAAUAUUAGAAGAAAAACGAGCAUUAUUAAAUAAUGGAACAGGAGGACAGUCAAUUAAUAGUUCUGAAAAACCAAAAAAAUCAAAACCAGAUUACAAUCCUUUAAUGGGAUCUGGCAGUGGUUCAAAUUAUAGACCUCCAAGGAGAAGUGCAUGUUCUGGAGGAGGGUGUGGAUAAAAAUGGAAAUAUUGAAAAAUAAAUAUGAUACUCAAAUAAUUAACAUCUAAAUAACAUUGAUAUUUUAUAUUAUUAUCUAUAGUUAUAUAUUAAAGUUUAUCCCUCAGCACAUAUUAUACAUACUAUAAAAAAAACUUGCAGUAAAUUCAUGGGCGUAACUAAGAUUUAAUAGUUACAGGGGUUAGUCCUAGAAAACCAAAGUUAAAAAUAAUUUGAAGGCUAAUUGAGGCUAGUAAAGUAAAACCUUAUAGGGGAGCUAAAUACAAAUACAGGAAGGCUAAGCCCUCUCCUAGUUACGCCGAUGAGUAAAUUGAAUCUGCACUAGAGUAUAUAUUGGGAAAUUUCAUAAUUCAUAAUUAUUAUACUAAUACUCUGGAAAUGUAAUAUUAUUUAUGUCACCAAAAAUGUUAACAUAUUUAGUAAAAAACUUAUAUUUUAUAUUUUACUAUUAAUUUUAAAAUAAGAUAUGAAAAUUAAAUAACAAUAAAGGGAUUAUUAAACAUUUUUAA